CUCUCUUCCUCUUCCGUUUUUCCUCCUCCCGUGGAAGCGGUGAAAGUGUUUUGCUCCCUAAGCAGCAAUGUACGCUGCGCUGGCACAGGAAUGAGGGAUGAACUGAACAGGCAUUUGGUCUCCUCCUCCUGCCGCCGCGGUGGCCGCCGGCGGAGCAGUGCAUUGUGGAGGCUGAGCGCGCCGCAGCGGCUGAAGCUGUGGCCCCAGGAAGACGCUGCAAGGAGCUGUCCGAGGUCCUGACCGGUGACCGGCUGGAGCCCUGCACCGAAGCCCUUCAAGUCCUCGUCUUCCGCCCACCCUCUGUCUGUCUCUUCUUACCUGUGGGAAUAGCGGCUGGAGGAAAUCAUGGUAUUCGCUCCAGGUGAGCAGGCUGGGAACGAGCCUGAAGAGGCAAAGCUGCAGAACGCCAGUAAACAGAUUGUGCAGAAUGCCAUCCUGCAAGCCGUGCGGCAGGUCUCCCGGGAGAGACGACAGAGGAAAGACAAAACCGGAGACCACAGGGGCAGCUUCCAGCUGGGCGUGGGGGAGUUAACCAAGAAGCAUGAAAAGAAGUAACACAGUGGACUUGGCUCUUGUUUGCUUGGUUUCCAGCCUUCCUCUUAGUAUAGGAUGUGUUGCCAAUAAAGAAAACCAAAGUGUCAUUGGCACAUAGCAGUAAAAUGAAUUCGCACUAACCCUCGGCUGAGAAGCACUAUUUUGAAAAAGUGCAUUAGAUGAUUCUGUUUGUAUUAAUGCGGUGCCUCUGAAAUCUAGUGGGGCUACACCAGUCACUGUCACCGCAAAUGUAGUUUUGUAGCAUAGUUUAUUUUUAAAGUUUCUUUUUGAAAAGUUCUGUCUUAUUUAUUUUCUUUUGCCUUUAUGCAUUCUUUUUUGUGGAUUUUUUUUUUUUUUUUGCUGAACUACUGAGUACACUAUUAUAGUCUUUAUAAUACUUUUGAAAUGCAAAGGAGUGGAGUUUCAGUCACUUUCAAAUAUGGAAUUGAAGCCUUUCAUCAAGUGGGUGCAGGUCAAAAAUCAUAUUAAGCAAAGGCAAAUUCUAAGACCAAGUCCCUCAGGAUCUCACUGAGGCUUAGACUUAUGUAACUUUUUUAAGGAGGAGUUUAGUUUUUCAAGAACUCAGUCUUUUCAUCUCAAUUCUCUGAAUUGUUCAAUAGUUCAAUAGUAGUUAGACCAUGUGCAGAAAUUCUUUGGAGAUAUUAUGUAUUUUUUUCCCAUCUCAAGACUAAAAUAGGACAAGUCCAUCUAUAUAUGAGUCUCCAAUGACUCCGUUCUUCAGCAGACCAAUGAAGAGCAACUAGGUUUAUAGAACCCAUCGUGCAUACAGUAGGGUCUGAUUUGGGGUGCAGCAUCCUUGAAAGGAGCGCUAGGUCUUAGGCAAACACUGCACUGGCAUCAGACUAUGCAUUUGCACUACUAUCUUGCCAAUAGAAAGUUUGCUAUACACAAAUUAGAAUUCCCAAAUUAUGAUUGCUUUUAUGAUAUUAUGAAAAUCAUAUCAGGAAUACUAGCACUUAAAAUGGCAGCGCUAAUGCAUGAAAAUACAGUGGGAACAAUGAAAUGAAAGUGUUGCUAGUUCAGUCACAGAGGUGUGUGUGUGUGUGUGUUUGUGUGUGUGUGUGUGAACUAUCUCUAUUGGGGCAGUAUCACUUCUGCUCCUCUCUCACCUGGAUAAUCAGCAUCUUUCUGGAAUUCUUAAAGAGCCCCAUUUCUUGGGCUUCACACAGGUAUUGGGUUAGUGCUACGUAGGACAGAGGAAGAAUUUGAUCUUUGUUAAAAACUUUUAGUUUCAGAAUGGCAAUGUCUAUAUUUGAUAACUUUUUAAAAAUCAAAGUAUCAGCAUCUAGUGUGACAGAUAUGGAGAUGUAUGUACUCCUAAAAUUCCAGUGUUAUACUUUCCAAAAUGAAUAUUAUUGAUAACAUUAAUAAAAUGAAUGAAUGAAAUGGAUGAAUGAAAACAAUGUCUUCCCAGUUUUGUUAGAUUAUCUUACAUGCUAUACAGUGGAAUAAAUUCACAGGGAGAAUGACUGCAGAAGGGAGCUACACUAGAUAAAUAAGGCUUAUUCAGAAAUUCUUUUUAGCAGAGAUCAUAACAAUGACAAAUGAGUUUAAAUUAACCUGAAGUUAUAUAGUUGAUGUGAUAUCAUUGCAUAACAUAGAUAAUUGGAAUGAAGGUAUUAAGGGAAAUUAUUUUACUCAGUAUCCACAAACAAAAUAAAUGCAAUGCUUGUAUGUCAGUGAUCUGGCCCUGAGUCUAAAAUGUCUGAAGACAACCAGUCUUGGAUCUCACUGUCAAAUGGCAGAAACACACAUACAUGCUAUCUUGUCUACCUAGUAUGUCUAUGAUUAUAUUUCGAGGCUCUUUGGAAACAUCUGUUUAACCAUGGUAUCUAAAUGUUAUUUAUAAAUAAAAUAUCCAGCUUUGAAAUACA